AUGAUUGUUUUAUCAAUGGAUACGUGGAUAACGGUUGUCACCGGUCAGGUUGUACCAGUACAUACAAUAAUAGUAGAAGAAAUUCCAAAUCCUGUAAACGCAAUGAGACCGGUUUCAAAUCCUCAAAGAUGCAUAACACCAAAUGGUGGUUUAGGACAAUGUACUCACCUUUUAAGAUGUCCACUACCAGAAUUCAACGUUGAUAAAUUAAGAUUUAUGGAUUAUUUUUGCAUAAUCGAUCGAGUGUACGUCGGAGUUUGUUGUCCGGAUUCGUAUUUAUAUAAAAUUUAUACGGGUCAAUCAUUUUCUGGAAAUCCAGCGGGUUAUUUACCCGCGAUCGGUGUCGAUCUUGCACCAGUUAUAGAUGCCAUUAUAGAAGAUGAGGAAAAAACGAAUUCGAAUCGUUGCGGUGUUAAUCAAAACGAAUAUUAUUCGAGAGUUGUUGGUGGUAGGCCUGCUGAUCCAAAACAAUGGCCUUGGAUGGUUUCUUUAAUUAAAAAUCGUGAACAUUUUUGCGGUGGCGUACUAAUAACAAGCAAACACAUACUAACAGCAGCACAUUGUUUUAGAGGGAUCAAUCCGAAAAGUGUCAUCGCUCGAUUGGGUGAACACGAUUUGACUAAAAUAGGAGAAACGAGAACUCAAGAUUUUCGUAUAUCCGAUUCUAAAUCUCAUCCGGAUUUCGAUAUGAAUUCCUACGAAAACGAUAUCGCCAUUUUGAAAACAGACAGACCGAUAACGUUUAAUUCAUACGCUUGGCCCGUUUGUCUUCCACAACCCGGAGCAGAUUUUGUUGACGAAGAAGCCAUUGUUAUAGGUUGGGGAGCAAUAGAAUACGGGGGACCGACAAGUAACGUAUUAAUGGAAGUAUCAGUACCCGUUUGGAACAAUACGAAAUGCGAUAAUGAAUUCGUACAACCGAUAUUGGAAACAAAUUUAUGCGCCGGAGGACAAUCCGGAAGGGAUUCAUGUCAGGGUGAUUCGGGUGGUCCUUUAUUAUAUCAACUACCAAAUAAAAGAUGGAUAACUAUAGGAGUCGUUUCUUGGGGUAUCAGAUGUGGAGAAGACAGGCCGGCUGUUUAUACAAAAGUCAGCAAAUAUUUAAACUGGAUAAUAAAAAAUUCUGCACUUUAA